AUGAGUAAGGUACCGAAGGAUCUUCUGCUGCGGUCAUGUGCUGAUAUUAUUGAUUACAGCAACAAAGUGAAGAAACGGAAGUUUACCGAAACUGUUGAGCUACAAAUAGCGUUGAAAAACUAUGACGUUCAGAAGGACAAGAGAUUCACCGGGACUGUGCGACUAAAGCACAUUCCACGUCCCAGAAUGUCUGUGUGUGUGCUUGGGGACGAACAACACUGUGACGAGGCCAAAGCAGCAGGAAUUCCAUGUAUGGACGCGGAAGAAUUGAAGAAAUUCGGCAAGGAGAAAAAGCCGUUGAAAAAAUUCGCCAAGAGUUAUCACGCUUUUGUCGCUAGUGAAACCAUCAUUCGUCAGUUUACAAGGACAGUGGUUCCAAUCCUAACCAAGUACGGAAAGUUUCCAAGUGCAGUCACACACAACGAGCCACUAAUGAAUAAAGUUGACGAAAUAAAAGCUACAGUCAAAUUCCAGAUGAAGAAGGUUCUCUGCCUGAAUGUCGCUGUUGGCCACGUAAAAAUGACUCCUGAGGAGCUGGCUCAAAAUAUCAACUUGUCAAUAAACUUCCUUGUAACGCUAUUGAAGAAGAAUUGGCAAAACGUCAGGUGUUUGUACAUUAAGAGUACUAUGGGUAAACCGCACAGGUUGUACUAA